ACGAACCCAAUUCCUCUCGGUCACACGUCUGACGCUGCUCUAGGUGUAUCGCCUGACCCCAUGAUGAGCGCCAAGCUCGGCGCGGCGACGCCGUCCGUGCUCCUCACGCCCUCCCCUCGGCCCCACGGCCUCCGCCCCUCCCCCACCGCCGCGUCAUGCCUCCCCGACACCGCCACCGGCCCGCCUCUAAGCGCGGGACCGGACCAAGAGCACUCUGGCGCGCCCGGGCAAGAGGAGGCGGCGGUCUCCUCCCCCUCCCAGCCGCGCUCGCGAGCGAGCUCGCAGCUGAGCCGCUGGUCCCGCGCGCGCGCUCUCCGGUCCGGCCGGAGGCUGGAGCUGCCGGCCAUACGGGCGAGCGCGGCGCUCGAGGUGCCGACCAAGUCGCCGCCGCCCACCGAGCAGGAGGCCACAGCGACGGAGGACGACGACGAUGGCGACGAGGCGGUUGGGGUCGGAAGCGAGGCAGCGGGGAACUCGAUCUACAUGGUGUCGGACGGGACGGGUUCGACGUUGGAGCACUCGGUGAAUGCCGUGCUCGGGCAAUUCGAGCACUGCCUCGUCGACCGCCGCUGUGCCACAAGCACCCACCUCUUCUCUGGGAUUGAUGACAUGGACAACCUUAUUGAGAUAGUCAGGCAAGCAGCAAAAGAAGGAGCAUUGCUUCUAUAUACCCUUGCCGAUCCUUCAAUGGCUGAGGCAACUAAGAAGGCUUGUGAUUUAUGGGGUGUUCCAUGCACCGAUGUUCUUCGUCCUACUAUUGACGCCAUAGCUUCUCAUAUUGGUGUUGCUCCAUCUGGAAUUUCACGAAGCUCUGCUAGCCGAAAGGGUCAACUUUCUGAGGAUUACUUCCAACGAAUCGAAGCAAUUGAUUUCACCAUCAAACAAGAUGAUGGUGCUCAGCCACAGAACCUUGCCCGUGCACACAUUGUGCUUGUUGGUGUUUCACGUACCGGGAAGACACCAUUGUCAAUUUAUCUUGCACAAAAAGGGUACAAAGUGGCAAACGUCCCAAUUGUGAUGGGUAUUGAUCUUCCAAAGGCCCUAUUUGAGAUCGACCAGGAUAAGAUCUUUGGGUUGACGAUAAACCCCGUGGUUCUUCAGGCAAUCAGAAAGACAAGAGCAAAUACUCUAGGAUUUCAUGGGCAGAAGAGCAAUUAUGCUGAAAUGGAGCACGUGAGGCAGGAGCUCGACCAUGCAAAUCAAAUUUUUGUUCGGCACCCAACAUGGCCAGUGAUCCAGGUCACUGGAAAAGCUGUAGAGGAAACAGCUGCUGUCAUUGUUAGAAUAUACCAUGACAGGAAACAGAAGUGCUCCAUGCCACGCAUAUCAAAACGGGUAGCUCCAAUUCGAGUCUAUGAUUCCCUGUCAGAGAUGGUCAACACUCCUGUUGAGCCUGAAAAAGUAUUGGCUAUGGACGUAUGAACGUGUUCUGCAGCAGCGAGGCAAAAUCAGGAAAUCAGAAACUAUAGAGCCUAGUAGCCUACUAUUCGGUACUUGUUGUGUGUCCCAACUCCGCGGUUAGACUAGAGUCAUUGUGCAUAGAAGGUAAGAGGGGCCAUGUUAAAACUGCUCUUCUUUUAAAUAAUCAUAGCCUGUGCUGUCAUGUGUUGGUUGUUCAUUGGUUUAGUUUUCCUUUCAAGUCAAGCACUCAUGUCAUGUACAACCUCUUCUAGAAAUGACCCAGGCAAAGACAAUUAUUCCAAAAACAUCAGUGUAUAUUUGUGUA